AUGGAGCUUCAAAUUUCAGGAAAUGAGAAGCGUUCGGUGGCUGCGGAGAACUGUGGAGCCGAGGAAUUCCACUGCAAGAGCGGCGAAUGUAUUGCGGCGGACAAGAAGUGCAACCGGCACUACGACUGCGCCGACGGCAGCGAUGAGACCACCUGUGGUAACUUUUUCGGCUUCUCGAAACCCUAAAUAAGAUUUUUUUGAAAUCUUUUGAAAUGGAUGCUUACGCUACGUAUCAACUAUACAUGGGAAAAGUCCCAACGUGGUCAGUCAGCGAGAAAUGUUGACAUUAAGAAGUUUUCUAGAACGGAAACAAACUUUUUAACACUGAAGUUCGGAUUUCUAAGUGGAAAGAUCAGCUUUAUCUACCGUUUGAAAAACUAAAGUUCGUAAUAAAGGAUGUUCAAAGUUUCUAAGAACUUUUAGAAAAAAAAGUAAGUCGUGGGAGAAAAAAUUUCAGUACUGAAGUUUGUUUUCAUAUGUCAAAAAAUCUGUAGGACUUACCUUCGGUAUGCCUUUUAAGACGGUGAAACUUUAUUCUAAGUUUUGAAGAGUGAAGCUUGUCCUCAAGGACGUGCACGGCCUCUAAAAAGACCCGAAAAUUUGUUUUUGAGAUGAAAAGAACUUUUAAAACAAAUUACGAGUUCUUCUAUGGUUUUUUUGGUAUCAGUGAUUUUCAAUUUUUCAGUUGAAGUUUGAAAAAAAGUAUCAUUUUUUUAUACCGAAUACUUUUUUUACAUGUGGAAAGAUAGAACCUUGCGUUACAUUUCAACUUUAUUUCAACUUUUGAAAAGUAAAUUGUAUUUUGUUUUCGAGAGCAUGUUUAUGAAUUUUAUUCAUUUUAAAUUUCAAUCUCCUGUCUUGGAAGUUUGGGAAAGAAAAGCUGGAGUUUUUCUGUACUUUUCUAGGAGAUUUUGAAGAAAUUUUCUAGCUUUUUUUUAAAGGUCUUCUGGGAUUUUUCCUGUGAUUUUUUUCGUCCCUUGAAAAUAGAGGCUUUCAAAUGUUUUCCUUUUCGAAAAAGGCAGACUUUUUUUUCCUCUCAUCACUUGACUGACAAGCGCUAAACAAUGUUGAUGUCCGAAGAUUUUUUUCUCGGUCCUUCCCCAGAGGAAUCAACUUGAAUGUCAAAAAAUAAUGAUAUUUGUUCCAUUUUGUCAGUAAAGUCCUUGUUUCUUUUUCAAGAGUAAAUCUGUAUAGUGGUGUCCUUCUGAAGUUCUGAAACUCUCUGACCUGUCUGCGCACUCUUUUCCCUCACCGGGCAUGUUAUAGAAAAAAUAUAACGUAAAAGUGAGAGGACGCAGAGAGGUGGAGCUCUAAAAAAUGUGAUUGAACCUGUCCAAGUCCAUAUUUGUUCAUUCAGACUACUAUCUUGCCGUCCAGAAGUACCACGAGCAAAAUCAAAACAACGAAUCUAACGACAUCAACUCUGCUCAGCCGGUGGCCCAAGCUGCCCAAGCGCCCGAGCUCGAGCGUCAUGGUAAUACUAAUAUUUAUAUUUGUCUUGAUACGUCUAGUCGAUAGUUUUGUGCUUUUUUCUUACUUCUACUGUCAGUUUUUUGGUUUUGUUUAUCUCUGCACCUUUUGACACUGGGAAUCCGGUAUUUGCAGCGGCUGUGCAAACCGACGUGAACUGUAAGUUUGAUCACGGUGAAUCUUUGCACACACACACGAAAAACUGCACCGUUUUCUGAUCGAAGAUUUGAUGUGAUAAUGUUGAUAACCAACGGCUAACGAUGAUGACUGAUCAACACUAAAUUCAAAGAAAGAAAAAUCAAAGUUUGAUGGAGAAGAUUUGAACCGAGGGGUACUGGACAUUUUGUGGCGUUUAUUUAUAUCUUUCUAAAUUUUUCGUUUAAAAUCAGAUUGACGUAAUGUUACGUUAAGGUGGUUAGUUUUCCAAAAACUGGAUCUUUAAAUCGUUGUAAAAGGACUCUCUGAAAUGGGCAGAUAACUUUGAACAGUUUCAGUUUUCAAGUUUUCGAACGGAUUAUUAAAAGCAUCCACCGAAAUUUAUUCCAAAGUUGUAUUGAAUUCAAACUUUGACAGUUUCCGUGCCUUUAAAAGGAUUGCUUCAUAAAGUUUUAAAUAUAUAGGAUUUUUUUAAAUUUUCAGGAGUUAACCCAAAAAUUUAGGAUGUUCGCCGUGUUAAGAAAAACCAUCAGAAGCCUAUGAAGUGUUUUUUUAAAAAUUAAAAAUACAGCAGUGAUCAUGUUUCAGUUCAAACAAUACAUUUUUAUUGCUUUUUUCGAAUCGUCAAUUUCCAAAAAUUUUCGUUUAUAGGAGUUUCCUCAUCUCAAAAAAGCUAUAAAAGUAGAAAUGCUCAUAUUAUGUCAGAAUUCUACAAAAAAAGCUUCUUUAUCGAUUUUUCUAAAAUUUCUCAGCACUGCUCGGUUCGUGUCUCCUUUCAAAGAGAGUUGUAAAAUAAUCGAACACAGUUAUGAGUUUUAUCUUCCAAUUUUCAUCCUCCUCCACAAGUGACACUUGAUUUCAGCCUGUAAACAUCAUUUCUGCAGUCUUCGAUCUUUAGGUGUCCAUCAUGCUUCACACAGUCAAAGUUCGCAACAUUCAACAGAGGCUUCAGCUCAACCAGAGAAACAGUGCACCGAUCAGGAGUUCCGGUACGGCCCUUUUAUACUAUGGUUCUGGAAAACAAUUCAAAAAUUCAUGUGGAUUCAUGAAAACUUCUCAUUGUGUAAAAUUUGACGUUUAUAUCUUAACAUAUUUUUGAAAAAAAAAAGAUUGAUUUAGAUGAUAAAAAGAUGUGUGAAGAUUUUGAAAACUUCCCAAGGUUAGAUAAUGAAAAUUUUUUUCUUAGUUGCUUUGUUCUCAGAGCUGAAAAAUAACAACUUCAAUACUUGGAUGGAGAUAUUUGAAAAAGGAUUAGCAAGUGCGAAAAAUUGCCUGGCUUUUCCAGCUGCCCCUACUUGGAGGUCGUCAAAUGUUUCCACUACGACAAGCUCUGCGACGGCCACGACGACUGCGGCGACGGCAGUGAUGAGGUCCCUUUUCAACUUAUUGAAACUGAAUCCUUUCGCAUCUUUCAACCUAUUUUUCUUUGCUUUUUGCAUGAAAUGCAGGGAAAUAGGCCAGAUGUGUCGCAUGCAUAUGGUCUAUAUUAGUGUAACGUCGAGGAGGACAAGAAAAAGAGCCGCGAAGAAAUAUUGAUGUGUCUUUGGAAGUCAUGAAAUAGUGCGUUUUUUCGGUGACAAAUCGUCUUGUUUUCUGGCCUUUCGGCCGGCGAGAAGCUUUGAAAAAGUUAAUCUGAACCCAAAAAUGGAGUCCUUGGAAGUAUUUUUUCUGUGAAGGAAGAAAGACAUAACUUGACUUUUGCUCGUGAUAACUCAAAGUUGUUCACUUCAGAUUUUCGCUCAAUCUUCAGAAUUUGUUUUUUUCAGACCAACUGUGACUCGACCGAAGACGACGUCGACGGCGCUUUCCCGGCGCCUUCAGCCUCCAGUUCAGUUUCAUCCGGCCAAUGUACUCCGCAGCAGUUCCGCUGCCACAGCGGCCGUUGCAUCGACCUCAGCCUCCACUGUAACCGAAAGUAUGACUGCGACGACGGCACCGACGAAACGGAAUGCGGUAAGGUCCUCGAGUGUGGGAAAAUAUAUUACUGAUUUUCACGCGCACGCUUUUCUCACACGAACCAGCACAACUCUUGGUUUUUCAGAGUACUUCAAAGCGGCGUCGCAGCCGAGGACCGACGAGAGAGAAGAGGAGUUGAAACGACGCGAACAGGUAGGAAAAAGCAAUGUUCACGACUUGGAACAGUCUGACCUGUCUGCGCCCUCUUUUCUUUCACCAUUGAAGACGUAAGAACAAAUAUACUGUAGGAAAAGUGAUUUCAAUUUCCUCAAAAAGAAUUUUUCUCAAAGUUACUUCCAUAAAGAUAUUAGGUCUCAAAACGAAAAAGUUAUUCGACGUUGCGUUUACUGUAAAAGGACGUCCGAGUUAGUUAAAUUUCUGAUUUUGCACAGGAGAGCGCUACAUUUUACAGUACUCUCAACGCAUAAAAACUUGUUUUGAGCCUCAAUUUGUCUCUCAGAAUUCCUGAUUUUUCAACUUUCGAGCAGUCACUUUCCACGAUAAAAUCGUUCUUUUUAGCUACCCGUAAUCAUUUUGCCCAUGGCAGGGUGCAGAGAUAUCAUGCUUAUUCGAUGUAUAGUGAAUAGAUCAUGAAAACUAUUUUUGGAAGUUUUAGGAGCUUGAACGUCGUGAACAGGAGGAGAGACGACGAGAGGAGGAAGAAAGGAGAAGAGAGCAUGAUGAGCGAAGACGUGAAGAAGAAGAGAAACAGAGAAAUGGAGAAGGUGCUCGGAGGCAGCAGGAAGAGCAGAGAAGGAACGGAGAUGACGCGAGAAGACAGCAGGAGGAACAGAGACGAGAAGAGGAGGAGAAGAGACGCAACGGAGAUGAUGCUCGACGGCAACACGAGGAACGACUUCGGCAGAGCGAAGAGGCCAGAAGACGGCAUGAAGAUGAGGUACGACGUCGGGAAGAAGAACGACGUCGUCAUGAGCAGCAGCAGCCGCAGCCGCAGCAACGUCAUCCAGCUCAGCCGGUGAGAAAUGAGCUUUGAAAAUAAUUUAAAAUCUGAAAAUCGGGUAGAUUAAUGUGAUAGAAACUCCUGAUAGGCUCUCUAUUCUUGAGCAAGACUCAAAAUCUCGCAGUCGAAGGGCUACUUUACGUGAUUUCGACGGUCCAUUUGAUUUUGAAGGGCCCUUUCUCGAAAAUAAGCAAGGUAGAACUUCAGAGGACCUUCAUCUUGCAUAUAAAAAAUAAAACCAGUGAGCAUGGCUUUAACAGAAAUCUGUGAUUGGCUAGAUCUUCAAAAAUCUCUAUCACAUGAGAGAAAAAAUAAGCUCACACCCUUGAAGUGGCCUUCUCAUUAGAAAAGUUUUUGAAAAAACUUUGGAACUUUUUUUUCAAGUCACGACUCUAACUGGGGAGGGAGAAGAGAGCGCAGAAAGGUCAGGCUUUCUUUUUUCAAAGAGUCUCCCAUCGAAAUACACUCAUUGCGCUAUACGAAUCCGCCGUUUUAAAAUCCCCAAAAAAUUGAAGCCUUGUAUCAAACCCAUAAAAAAACAAAGAAACGAAAGAAAAACGAGCAGAGCCACCUGCCAUCUGGUGCAUGUGUCCUCCUUCGAGCCACAUGAAAACUGAACGAUUGUAUGUUCCUUCGGCAAAAGCCGACAACUUUCCGGGCACAACAUGUGGUGGUCCCUCGGCGAUUGAUCAUCAAGUCCAGUUGUUUUUUUUCUCCUAUCCUCUUGUUGUUGCUCUGUCGAUUUGUUAAAUUCUUCCGUAGGAGCCGGAACCGGACAGUUGGCCCAGGCCAUUCGGCCGUUUUUUGAUAUGAAAAUGAGUCAACUGUUGCAGAUUGGUAGUUGGUUGGCUUAUUCACAAAUUUUUCGAGAAGAAAAUGGGUUUUUGGACAGUAAAUUGAUUUCUGUGAGAGAUAGGAAGUUUUGAAGUUGAAAUGAGAAAAAAAUUUUUGGUUUUAUAAAGUUUAGGGACCUCAGUGUUAGAUAAAGGAUUUGGAUGCAUAUUCUGAAAAAAACGGAACUCGAUUAUCUUUGAAAACUGCACCAGAUCAUUUAUUAUACAAUUUCAAAGUCUCUUCUCAAUUUUCCAUCCGCAAAAGUUUGAUACAAUGAUUUUCAAGGCCAUCGAGCUCGAGUCGUUUCAUGAUAGGGUGUAGUUCAGCGAAAAAUUGAAAAAUUUAGCCAUUCAAAAAUGCGGCCCAAGUACCUUUGAAGGGUUUGAAGAUUCUCAAUUUUUUUUUAACUAGUUCAUUUUUAUAAGGAUUUUUGUGAGGGAUUAUUAAAUUUUAGGCACCGCAGCCGCAACCUCAGCAACAUGCUCAGCAACAUUCACAGCAACAUGUCCAACAACAGCAACAGACCCAAGAACAACAGCGAGUUUCGGCUGAGAUCGUUUUCCGUGACGAGUACGACGAGGAGUCUACAGGCUGCUUGGAACACGAGUUCCAGUGCGCCAUCGGGGAAUGCAUCGACAGGUUUUUAUGAAGAAAAAAAUAUAUCAUUAUUUAAUUUUUUAUCCGGGGAAGUACCUAACUCUCUCUUCAGUUCAAGAGAAUAUUAUUUUCAGCCGGUUUACGUAAUUUUUAGUUUUCGAUAGGUUGGGAAAAAAUUUCAUAGUUUUCGAACCAAAAAUUCCCUUCAUUUUUCCGUCUUGUAAAGAAACUCAUAGUGUCUCAGUCGAUUUUUUUUUUCCUAGUUUUUGAACUGAAAACUUUCUCGACUUUUUCCUGCUUUUUACAAAUUUUUGAGGCUUAAAUUUAGUCGAUUUUUCUUGUAUCGAAAUCGUCGCUAAUCGAAAAAUAAAAAUAUUUUUUUAUCAAAAAAAACUUUGCUGUCCCCUCACUUUAAAAAAAUUUAUAGAACCUCAUUUCAUCCAAUUUAUGUGUGCUGAGAAGCUAUUUUGUAGCUUUUUUAUUAGCUAAACAGAAAGUUUAAAGUUUUGCAGUUGCUGCUGAAUGGUUUUCGAAAAAUUUGGUGGUCAAUAAAAACUUGGAGUUGCUUGAAAACUUCGUCUUUAAUUGAACUGAAAAUCAACUUUAAAAAAAAAUGGAAAAUGGAAUGAAAAGAAAUUAAGAAGGAAAACCGAGAUGGCAGAAAGAAGCUAUUUUCUAUCACAUUAUUAGAUAAAAAGGCUUGGAAAAAGUUUUUUUAGUGAAGUGUCAAUAUUAAAUAUGAACGUGCAAAACACGGGAAUUUUUCAUUUUUGGAAUGUAAAGAUUGAUUUAGAAAUUUUUAAGAGAAUCAAUAAAUCAAAUUGAAGAUAAAUGGGCAAAAUAAUUCUUUGUUAGAGGAAUCUCAUUUUUCAUUUUCGAUUGUAAUAAUUUUGCCUUGAAAUAAAACAAAAAGAAAAUUUAAAUUUUUCGGUGAAAAAAGAAUUUCCAGACGUCGCGUUUGCGACACGCGUCCCGACUGCCUCGACAGUUCGGACGAGCUCAACUGCAGCGAAAAAGUUGCUCCAGCUCAUCCUCCGACUCUCCCGCCGGUACCAACCCACAACCACAUCGGUACGCCUUUUUCUGAAUUUUUUUCUUUAGAAUGGAAGUCUCUGGCUUAUGGUAGCGAGGAGGAAAUGGCGACUGCCUGA